ACCUCCCAGCUUCCUGACAGAGCCAGAGCCAAGGCCUGGGGCUCCUUCCUGUUCCUCUGCCCUCCUCGCAGCACUUCUCACCUUGCCCAUCCCUCCCAUCUUCCCCCAGGUCCUUCUGCUGGGAGCACCGCCCGCAGCAGGCAGUAGAGGCAGUGCCGAUGCAGGACACGACCUGCAUCAUCUGCAUGGAGCCCGUGGGUGACAGCAGGUCGUACAGCACCAUGGUGUGCCCAUCCUGCCGGCACGCCUGGUUCCACCGGGCCUGCAUCCAGGGAAUGGCCCUGCGCGCUGGGCUUCGCUGCUUCCAGUGCCCCCUCUGCCGAGACAGAGACACAUUUUUAGGAGAAUUGUUCAGCAUGGGGAUCCGAAUCCCAGACAGAAGUCCAAUGUGGGAGGAGAACAAUGCUUAUGCAUCUCUGGGAGGAAGGCACGGGAGCUGUGAUGCCAGCGUCUGCCGUUACCCACGUGGCAGGGAGCAGGCAGAGGAAGCGGGGCCCUGGGAGCUGCUCCUCUGCUGCUCCUGUGCUGCACAAGGCACCCAUCGACUCUGCUCCAACUUGAGUCAGAGCACAACCAGCUGGGAGUGCAACGCCUGUGCUGGAGAGGGCACCGGUAAGAGGCAAACAGCCGCGUGCUGCUGGGCUGGGGCCAGGCUUGGCCUUGUUCAAGUCACUUUGACCCAUGGGCAAUGGGACCCUGUCCCACCCCAGGGCUGGAGUUUCACCUCUCUCACCUCUUUGCUUCACCUUGCAGGCCCCAGCACCAACUAGGUUCUUGCCAGACAUAGCGCCACCAGCCAGCAGGAACUGGGGCAAUUCUGAGGCACCACAGCACUGGAGAGAAGCAGCUCCAGCACCACCAGCCAGGCACCACUGACACCAGCACACGGUUCCCAUGUGCCUGAAAACAGUGUCCUGUCCAGCCAGCGCAGGAUGGAGCAGAGGAGAACCAGCCCACGUUUACACCAGGAAGAGAACGCCUGCAAUCAGCCCCGAGGACACCGUGGGAGCUGCCGUAAUGCUACCUCCACUGCUGAGGGCAGCACCCCAAACUCUGCCAGCCAGGGGACAUCAGAGUCCUCGCGGCACUCCCCCGCAGCUGGCUACAACCUCCGGUGCAGACAGGGACUGCGGGCCCGGACACAAAGCCGCUCUCCGUUGCAGCGCCGGGCCCCACGUUCUCCAAGCCAGCCCCAAACACACCGUGGGAGCAGGCAGGAAUCAACCCUAAGUGCCGAGAGCUGCAGCCACAGCUACACCAGACCAGGAGCACCGGGGUCCUCAGGGGAUUCCACAGAGGCUGCUGGAAGCCGGUCCAGGCAGCCAGGGUGGGUCCGGACUCGAAGCCUGCUGAGACCCACAGCCAGCCCCGAAGACGCCGCAGGAGCCGGUCCAGGCGGCGAGGGCCAGCCCAGGGGCGAAGCCGCUCCCGGGUACCAUGUCGGGCCCGGAACAUCAACAGCCAGCCCCGGUGAUGCUAUAGGAGCAGCUGCGUGCAAGCUCCGCUUGUCCAAACCUGUCCAAAGUCAUCAGAGUCUAUCACAAUAAA